AUGGGAUUAGUUCCGUCUGGUGCAGCGAGCAGUCGUGUGAUGGCGUCACCUGAACUCUUGUGGCCUGUUCCCAAACAUUGGACGAUGGAAGAUGCAGCUACUGUACCUUUGCCAUAUGCUCUUGCAUUUUACUGUCUCGCAAUAAAAGUGCGAAUGCUCAGCAAGUAUAGUAUCCUCGUCCACGGUGGUACCGGUGCGCUCGGUCAGGCCGUUAUAUCUAUAGCUUUGGCUCACGGACUUCAAGUGUUUGCUACGGUUAGCGACAUCCGCAAAAAGCAUUUCUUGAUGAAACUAUUUCCAGAAUUGAGAGAGGAUCACAUUGGAAACUCGAGGGACGCUUCUUUCAAGGAUAUGGUGCAUACCCGUACAAAAGGCUUAGGAGUAACUUAUGUUAUCAAUUGCAUAAAGAGUGACCUCAGAGAUAUUUCCAUAAGCUGCGUGGCUCCAAGCGGUGCACUCAUUGA